UGCACAGCUCAAAAAUUUAGAGUAUGAGCUUACAGGCUUUAAAUUCGCCACCGCUUAUCGCUGUGGCUGGAGCAGCGGUGCUGUCCGCAAUUCCAUCGCUUCAGGCGGUUGGCUUUUCUCUUGGAUCUUUGCAGCUGCUCAACGCUGCCGCGUUCGCUACGAACGUCGCAGCUGUUUCUGUGCCAGGAAGGAUCGAUGGUCAGCAAGAUGCCGAAAUGCGUAAAGAAGUAUUGAAUCCCGCUGAACCUGGAUCCGGAAAUACCUCUUCGAAAGACAAUGAGAGUUGUUCAACCUUUUCAGAUGUUUACUCGGCGUCGCGGGGUCGCACUCUCGUUUCCCCAGCUGGGUGGGCGUUCGCAAUCUGGGGCCCAAUCUACCUAGGCGAAGCGGCGUUCUGUCUGGGUCAGUUUUCUGUGCAGCCAUUGCAGACUGUGCUACCACAAAUUUCGGCUCCGUUUAUCGCUGCCAAUCUCUGUCAGAGUCUGUGGUGUGCUUCUUUCAGGCCUUCGUACAACAAGGGCUGGGCCAAAUACGUCAGUGCGGCUAUGUUGGGAGGGACAGCCGUCGCUCUUUCCCAAGUUCAUGCUGCCGUGCCUCCCGGACUUGCUGGCUAUUUUGUUCCAUUGACAAUGCACUUCGGCUGGGCAACCGCUGCAACAUUGGUUAACCUGAACGGUUGCGUAGCAAUGUCUGACGUUUCCGAUACUUUCGUGAUCGCGACGGGUCAUGCGUCAGCCCUGGCAGCAACAGCGUUGGGUGUGGGUGUCACAUUGACGCAAGGAUCACCUGUCUACGGUUUGACAAUCGCCUGGGCGUUAGCGGCUUGUGCGAACGGAAUGAAACAGCGUGAGACAAAGACCCCUCUGCAAAAGGGUAUGAUGGUUCAGCGGACUUUGUGCAUGGCAGGAUCUACCCUAUGUGCUGCUGUUGCCACUGGCUCCUUCUUUUUCUAG